UCCAAUCUUUAUUUCUAAACUCUUGUUUCUCUCUAGUCGGCCGCAAGCUUGUCUUGUAGAUCUGAGAUUUCUUGAGUCUUUGUUAGUGUGUCAUAUCUAACAAAACCACAAGAGUGAUUGUCUUGGUGUGUCAUAUCCAAGGGAUUCACUUAGGAGUAUCAAGGAGACCUCUCACAUCUCUUUGUGUCACCAUUCAUUCCACAAACCUUGAAGCAGAUUGAGUCUUUGAUUCUCUGUUUGCAAGGAUCUAUCCCAUUCCAACCAGAGAAGCAUCCUAGGAGUGUAUUAUGUGGUAUCAGAGCAACUCUGGCUAGGGAAGUUCUCGUUUUCUUUAAGUUUUCACUCAAAUCUGUCUCUUGGUUUCAUAACUAUUGAUAGAUCUGAGUUUUGUUGUGUUGUUUCUGUCGAUUUGAUUCACUCUGAGUUCAGUAUUGCUAGAUCUGUUGCUGUGUGUUUUUAAAUUGAUAGAUCUGAAAGUUUCUAUUUUAGAUCUGUGAUAGAUCCGAUCAUCUCUUGUUGUUUCUUUGAUAGAUCUGUUGUUGUUUUGUUAAAAUCUGAUAAAAGUAGAGGUGUUGAUCGUGUGAAUUCGAAAAGACUCUUGAGAUUCUUAUUGGAUAAGUUACCGGAAAUUCAAAUCUGAUAGAAAUCUCUUUUGCCGCCUAUUUAAUCUUUUGUUCUUGUUUCCUUAUUUGAAUUGAUUUCUUUUUGUUUCUUGAACUUCUUACUGUCGAUUUUCUUCUGUUGUUUCAGGUACUAUGGCAGGAGAUCCAGAAGAGGAUGAAGGAGUUAGUCUCGAACACAAAGCUUUGCUGGAAGCUUUGACUCGCCGUAUGCAAAACAUGAUGGAAACGAGAUUGAUUUCUUUCCGCGAAGAACUUGAUGCCCAGUCUUCAGAACAGAGGCGUGAACCAAGGCAGAACCGACGAGAUAAUACUAGACAAGAGCAUGGUGGAUCACAGGAGACUGAUAACUAUUAUGAGCGCCACAGAGUUGAGAAGAGUGGUUCAUCAUCAUCAUCGCGAGAUAAUAGAAGGAGAUAUCAUCGUGAUCGUGAUGGGAGAAGAUCUUACCGUGAUGAGUUUGCUGGUUUGAAGAUUAAAAUUCCUCCCUUCCAUGGCAAGGUUGAUCCAGACGCUUAUCUCGAGUGGGAGAAGAAGAUUGAGCUCGUUUUCAACUGCCAACACUACACCAAUGCUCAAAGAAUCCAGAUUGCUGCUACUGAGUUUCAUGAUUAUGCCUUGAGCUGGUGGGAUCAAUUGGUUACUACAAGGAGGUUGAAUCAGGAGUAUCCAGUUGAGUCUUGGCAUGAGAUGAAGUCUCUUAUGCGGAAGAGGUUUGUGCCUAGCCAUUAUCACCGCGACUUGCAUCAGAAAUUGAGAAGACUUACACAAGGAUCUAAGACCGUGGAGGAGUACUAUCAGGACAUGGAACUACUGAUUUUGAGAGCUGGUAUAUCUGAGGACAGAGAGGCUACUAUGUCAAGGUUUCUUGGAGGACUUAACCGCGAGAUACAGGACAGUGUGGAGAUGCAACACUAUGUGGAGAUAGAAGAGAUGUUGCACAAAGCUAUUCUGGUGGAGCAGCAGAUCAAAAGGAAGCAUCACUCCCGUAGCAACUAUAGCUCCAGCAAGUACCAACAUUCUAAAGAUGAGAAACCAUCCUACCUGAAAGACAGUAAGCCUCCGCAGAAAGAAGAUAGUAAGCCGGGUAGCAUAUUCAGCAAAGACCGAGACAAAGACAAAGGCAAAGCAGAAGCUACUAGUUCCAGAUCCCGAGAUGUUAAGUGUUUCAAGUGCCAAGGGCGUGGGCAUUAUGCCAAUGAGUGCACCAACAAAAAGGUCAUGAUUCUUCUUGAGAAUGGAGAGUAUGAAUCAGAAGAAGAGAAGUCUGAAUCUGAUCUUGAUCAAUCUGGAGAAGAAAGUGAAGUAGAACCAGUGAGAGGAAGGUUGUUGGUGACAAGAAGACUCUUGAACUUGCAAACUAAGAAUAGAGACCUUGAGCAGCGUGAGAAUCUGUUUUACACAAGGUGUAUGGUUCAGGGAAAGGUGUGCAGUCUCAUUAUUGAUGGAGGAAGUUGUGUCAAUGUAGCUAGUGAGACAAUGGUGAAGAAAUUGGGUUUGAAGAUUCAGAAACACCCAAAACCAUACAGAUUGCAGUGGCUUAAUGAGGAGGGCGAAAUGAGAGUGUCAACUCAAGUGCUGGUUCCUAUAGCCAUUGGUAGAUAUGAAGAUGAAGUCUUGUGUGACGUGUUGCCAAUGGAAGCCAGUCAUAUACUCCUUGGAAGACCCUGGCAGUAUGAUAGACGUGUGAAUCAUGAUGGCUUCACCAACAAGCACUCAUUUGAAUUCAAUGGAAAGAAGACUGUACUGGUGCCUUUAUCUCCUAAAGAGGUUCAUGAAGAUCAACUCCAGCUUCAGAAAAAGAAGGAGAAAGAGAUAGACCUCAAACCUGAUCAGAACAAGCAUCACAGCCUCUAUGCCAAUCAGGGAGAUAUCAAAAGAAUUCUUUACUCUCAAAAUUCUAUUAUCUUGCUUAUGUUUAAGGAGACUUUACUAACAGUUACUGAUCACACACCGGAUCAUCCGAGUGAACUAGUCUCUCUUUUACAGGAAUAUGCAGAUGUGUUUCCAGAAGAUAGCCCCAUUGGAUUGCCUCCAGUUCGUGGGAUUGAGCACCAAAUCGACUUUGUACCUGGUUCAACACUACCAAACAGACCUGCAUACAGAACUAAUCCAGUGGAGACUAAAGAAUUGCAAAGACAAGUAGAGGAGCUGAUGGAGAAGGGUCAUAUCCGAGAGAGCUUGAGUCCCUGUGCAGUUCCAGUGCUCCUUGUGCCUAAGAAAGAUGGGAGCUGGCGCAUGUGUGUUGAUUGUAGAGCAAUCAACAACAUAACAGUGAAGUAUCGCCACCCUAUUCCUAGAUUAGAUGAUAUGCUUGAUGAGUUACAUGGUUCUUGCUUCUUUUCUAAGAUAGAUUUGAAAAGUGGAUAUCAUCAGAUUAGGAUGAAAGAAGGAGAUGAGUGGAAAACUGCUUUUAAAACUAAACAUGGCUUGUAUGAGUGGUUAGUUAUGCCAUUUGGAUUAACCAAUGCUCCUAGUACAUUCAUGAGACUGAUGAAUCAUAUCCUUAGGUCUUUCAUAGGCAUCUUUGUUGUUGUGUACUUUGAUGAUAUAUUAGUUUACAGCAAAUGCUUAGAAGAUCAUAUAGAACAUCUUAGGGCUGUUUUGGAUGUUUUGAGAAAAGAAAAACUUUAUGCCAAUCUGAAGAAGUGCACUUUUUGCACAGAUAACUUGGUCUUUCUAGGUUUUGUUGUAAGUGCAGAUGGUGUAAAGGUGGGAGCACGAUUAUCUUUGGAUCCUGAUAGAUUGCGACCAAAGACCAAUUCUCUGCCUCUCUCUGUCAAUCUCGAGCUCUACCACAACCAUCUUGUGAUCGUCAAAAGGUCUCGGAGACGAAGGGUCGAUCUGCGCAAUCACUCGGGGGUGUUUCAGUUGGUCAUGAUCUUGCCGACAUCAAACUCUCCAAUAAGGUCUUCUCUGGAGCUCUCCGACGGACUUACCGCAACUGGCAAGAACUUGAGAGAAGAAGAAAGGAGGGAUUUUGAGUCGAUCACCUCGUCAUCUCGUCAUCUGUUUCGUGAGGUUGACGAAUUAAUCGAAGCUAUGAACGUGCUGAUUCUCUUGGUCAUCGCUCCAAGAUGA